AUGAUUCAACGCGAGUAUCCAAUGAACAACGGGUUUAGUACAGGAGAAGAAGAUUCUAGAGGUAAUUCAGAUCAAAUAUGUUGCCUUGUGGAUGACAGCGACCGAUGUAGGCGACCUGCUGGCAACGCAUCGUACAGCAAGCGCAUACAGAAAACAGUAGCUCAAAGGAGGCUCAAACUUAAUAUAGAUCCUCAGGCUAGGCACACAUAUAUCUGUGAUUAUCAUAAAACAAUGAUACAAUGUGCAAGAACAAAACAAAGGAGGCCUAAAGACUCCGAGGAUGAUAGUCAUGAGGCAGAAAUGGACUCUCCAGAGGUAGACUGGGUCCAGCUACAAGUUAAUACUCUUAGGAGAUAUAAAAAACACUACAAAGUGCCAACAAAGCCAGGAUUAAACAAGACUCAAUUAGCUGAAGCUAUACAAAAACAUUUUAAAUCCUUGCCAGUUAAUGAAAAGGAAGUCGUUACAUACUUUAUUUAUAUGGUGAAAACAAAUGGCAACAAGUUGGACCAGAAAAACGGUAUGUAUUUUGACUCAGUG